GAGUCUCCUGAAUCUAUGGUUGUGAGCAAAUCCGCUAACAUGUAUCCCAAAGAUCCAGAAUUCCCACCUGCUGGUGUGGAAGAUAUGACAAGACUGGCAUAUCUGCAUGAACCAGGAGUUCUUCAGAAUUUGCAUAUUCGAUAUUCCCUAAAUGAUAUCUAGUAUAGUUACACAGGAAAUAUAUUGAUAGCUGUGAACCCUUUUCAAAGGUUACCUCAUUUGACUGAAACUAGUACCAUGGCAAAGUAUAAAGCUGCGGCUUUUGGUGAGCAGAGCCCGCAUCCUUUUGCAAUUGCAAGUUCUGCAUAUAGAAAGAUGAUAAACGAAGAAAAAAGCCAAUAUUUGGUUAGUGGAGAAAGUGGAGCUGGCAAGACAGAGAGUACAAAGAUGCUUAUGCAUUAUCUUGCUUUUUUGGGAGGGAGAGCAGCAACUGAAGGACGGUCUGUGGAGCAACAAGUUCUCGAGUCCAAUCCAGUUUUAGAAGCAUUUGGCAACGCAAAGACAGUUAGGAAUAAUAAUUCUGAGUAUAAUUUCAGUCGUUUUGGUAAGUUUGUGGAGAUUCAGUUUGAUCAAAAGGGGAGAAUUUCAGGAGCUGCUAUCAGAACAUAUUUGCUGGAACGAUCCCGUGUUUGUCAAGUUUCUGAUCCUGAGAGAAACUAUCAUUGCUUUUAUAUGCUGUGUGCUGCACCAAAAGAGGAAUCUGGUAAGUACAAAUUGGGAGAUCCAAGAAAAUUCCAUUACCUUAAUCAAUCAAAUUGCAUUGAGUUGGAUGGGUUGGAUGAUUCUAAGGAGUACCUUGCAACUAGGAGAGCUAUGGAGGUUGUUGGGAUCAGCGGAGAUGAGCAGGAUGCUAUAUUUCGAAUAGUAGCUGCAGUACUUCAUUUAGGAAACAUUGAUUUUGUUAAGGGAGUGGAAGAGGUGUUUGAUUCCUGUCAGCCCAAGGAUGAAAAAUCCAUUUACCACCUAAAAACAGCAGCCGAGCUUUUGAUGUGUGACGAGAAGUCCCUUGAAGACUCUUUCUGCAAACGUGUUAUGGUGACUCGUGGUGACACCAUAACAAAAUCACUUGAUCCAACUGCUGCAGCCCUCAGCAGAGAUGCAUUGGCUAAAAUAGUUUAUUCAAGGCUUUUUGACUGGAUUGUGUGCAAGAUAAACAACACUAUUGGGCAAGAUCCAAAGUCAAAUAGUUUGAUUGGAGUUCUAGAUAUAUAUGGAUUUGAGAGUUUCAAAACCAACAGCUUUGAGCAAUUUUGUAUCAAUUUAACAAAUGAGAAAUUACAGCAGCAUUUCAACCAGCACGUCUUCAAGAUGGAGCAAGAGGAGUAUACAAAAGAAGAGAUUAAUUGGAGUUAUAUUGAGUUCGUUGAUAAUCAAGAUGUUCUUGAUCUCAUAGAGAAGAAACCUGGUGGUGUUAUUGCUCUCCUGGAUGAGGCCUGUAUGUUUCCAAGAUCAACGCAUGAAACAUUUGCUGAAAAGCUAUACCAAACCUUUAAAGACAACAAACGCUUCAGCAAGCCAAAGUUGUCUCGCACAGACUUUACCAUUAACCACUAUGCUGGUGAUGUCACUUAUCAAACUGAUUUUUUCCUUGAUAAAAAUAAAGACUACGUUGUUCCAGAGCAUGCUGCUCUACUCAGUGCUUCGAAGUGCCCUUUUGUUUCAGGGUUGUUCCCUCCUUUACCCGAGGAAACUACAAAAUCGACAAAGUUCUCUUCUAUAGCCACUCAGUUUAAGCUACAACUGCAAUCUUUGCUUGAAACACUAAACGCUACCGAGCCUCACUAUAUUCGUUGUGUAAAGCCAAAUAAUCUUCUCAAGCCUGGGAUAUUCGAGAACAAUAAUGUGUUGCAGCAGCUUCGGUGUGGAGGAGUAAUGGAGGCAAUUCGGAUAAGUUGUGCUGGAUAUCCCACUAGAAAGUCCUUUGAUGAAUUUGUUCAGCGGUUUACCAUCCUGGAACCUUCAGUUCUGAAAGCAUGCCCUGAUGAGGUGACGGCUUGCAAGAGGCUUCUAGAUAGAGCGAACCUUAAAGACUAUCAGAUUGGAAAGACAAAAGUGUUUCUAAGAGCAGGUCAAAUGGCAGAACUAGAUGCAUGUCGUGCUGAGGUCCUAGGAUUGUCUGCAAGUGUUAUUCAGAGAAAAGUCCGCACGUUUCUCUGUCGGAAACAAUACGUCUCAUUGCAGUUGUCGGCCAUAGAACUUCAAAGGGUUGCGAAAGGACAACUUGCACGACGUCAGUAUGAAUGCAUGAGGAGGGAAGCCGCUUCUAUAAAACUUCAGAAAGAUUUCCGCAUGUAUAUUUCCAGAAAGUCUUACAAAACUAAAUAUGCCUCAGCGAUUUGUAUUCAAACUGGUAUGCGAGGGAUGGCUGCUAGAAAUGAUCUUAGCUUUAGGAGACGGACAAAAGCUGCAAUUAUCAUUCAGGCUCGGCAAAGAUGUCAUUCGGCUCGUACUUAUCACCUGAAGCUAAAGAAAGCAGCAAUUUUUGCACAGUGUUCCUGGAGGAGAACAAUAGCACGGAGAGAACUUCGAAAGCUUAAAAUGGUGCUCCCUCUUCCCUCUUGA